CCCCCCUCCCCCUCUCUUUUGACUGUUACCUGGUGGGCGAGAGUGAGUGAGCGAGUGACGUCACGUCCCCCGGUUCGUUCUGAACUCGAUCUCCGCCGCCACAUCAUCCGCCUGUCCACGCAGUCUGAAAGCAAAACAGCCUUCACAUGCGGGAAAGGAUAGAUUUGAAAUAAAGAAACGUGCGUGCCUGAAAUACAUCUGUAUUGUAGCAUCAUUAGUAAUUUGGUAACGCGCUCUGUUCUCUAAUGGUGCAUUCGGAUCAACCCGUGUAAUCAAGGACAUUAUCAACACAUCUAAGCCACACGACUCAUCAUUAUCUGAUCUAAUCGGAACACUGAAGAUGCUUCAAUCCCUCACCAGUAAUUCGUGCGUGCGCUUGAUCCAGGGCAACAGAUCGACAUGGUAUUUCGUGUUUCUGGUGCUCGGGUACAUCCUAUUCCUCAUAUUCGGAGCGGUGGUUUUCUCAUCGGUUGAGCUACCGUAUGAAGAUCUCCAACGCCAGCAGCUCCGAAGUUUCAAACGGCAGUUCCUCCAGGAGCACGAAUGCCUGUCCGAGGAGCGGCUGGAGGAGUUCCUGACCAAAGCGCUGGAGGCCAGCAACUAUGGGGUGUCCAUCCUCAACAACGCCUCGGCCAGCUGGAACUGGGACUUCACCUCCUCUCUGUUCUUUGCUAGCACUGUUUUAUCCACCACAGGAUAUGGCCACACUGCCCCUCUCUCUGAUGGUGGUAAGGCAUUCUGCAUAAUUUACUCUGUGAUUGGCAUCCCCUUCACCCUCCUGUUUCUCACGGCUGUGGUACAAAGGAUCAUGGUCUUUAGCACAUGGCGGCCCAUUUUGUACGUGCACACUCGCUGGGGUCUGUCUAAACCCCUGGUGGCCCUCGUUCACGCGACCCUGCUGGCCAUCGUGGCAGUUUCCUGCUUCUUCCUCAUCCCAGCCACAAUAUUCACUGCCCUAGAAGAAAACUGGAACUUUCUGGAAUCCUUCUACUUCUGUUUUAUCUCACUCUCCACCAUCGGUCUGGGCGACUAUGUGCCUGGAGAGGCCUUUAACCAGAAGUUCCGUGAGCUCUACAAACUGGGCAUCACUGUCUAUCUUCUGCUUGGCCUGAUUGCCAUGCUGGUUGUGUUGGAGACCUUCUGUGAGCUGCAGCAGUUAAAGCAGCUGAGAAAGAUGUUCUACCUGAAGAAGGAGAAGCCCCAGGACCAUCUGGCCAUCAUGGAACACGAUCACCUGGCCUUUGCCUCUAUGCCAGACAGUGCCAUCAACUCGCCCUCUGAGGACAAAACUGAGCCCUUCGGGAACUUUCCUGUCCUGACCUCUCCGGGUGGUGAUGACCCCAUGAUCAGAUAAAUGUUUUAGUUUUCAUUAAUAUAACCCUCAUUAGAGGGAGACAUCUUCAGCCAAGUGGUCUCCAACAUGUGGCUUGCAAGUGACUGGUUGGCUAUGGAAGUAGGAAGUCAGGCACCUGCCAUAGAAUAAUGAAAAUUACUUGAAAAUGUUACUUGAUAUUCUGCAUAUUUAACAGCCCUCUACGAAGCAAUGCCAAUCCAGUUUACAGCAUAAUUCUGUAUGCUUCAUGACACAAUAUGUGCAAAUUAUCAUACGCACACUUACCCCGUUAAAAUUGAGCAGCUUGAUAGUAGCGGUAGUCAGAUAUAUUAGCCAGGCCGAUUAAUUGGCCCAUCCUUGGCCAUGUUGGGAUUAUCAAUAACUGUAUCCGCUUGGACAAUUAACAGAAGUAGUAGUAAUUUGUCUAAUUUACUAUCAAUAAAUUAUUUUAUAUACUGUAGGAUAUGUCAGUAUUAUGUCGGUCAUGUUGACCGCUAGAUAUCGGAAUCGGUCGCUGGAAAACUCAUAUUGGCCGACCACUACCUAAUAAAUUAAAGAACAUACUUAAUUCGUAGGGUUGUAGCUUGUGGGGUGAAAGGUGGAAAUGAUUCUAGGGGUCCAGAAAGGCCCCACAACAAAUUCUAAACUGUAUUUUUUUAAUAGGAAAGGGGCCCAGAGCAAUAUACAGUCAGGGGGUCCAGAAUACUUUGCUACGGCCCUGAUUGCAGGCUAAAAUCUAGUAUGCUGCUUGCACAUUGAGACUGUGGAAGCAGUAAAAAUAACCUUGUUUUUAAUCAAGAUACAAGCUUAGACUUAAACACCCCCUGCUCCAGACCCUCUAACCCUGACCCCUAACCUUAAAACUGAUGCGUUUCAUUUAUUCGCUGUUAAAAUUCUUUCAUGUAUGCUGUCUUAAUAUGCAGAGUCAACACAGUAAGUCAUUUCUAGGUUUAUUUCACCUAAAAGUGUAACACUGUUGCUCUUUGCCACUAUCAAAAGGUUCCUGUUUGCUUGAAAAGCCCAUCUAAUCCCAAACAGCAACAUUGGCUCGGCCAGUGGUGUAAGUUUGGGGCAAGACAAUCUGACAAUGCUCUCGAGUUUUCUAAAAAUCUGUUUGACUACAUUGUUAUUUUUUUAUUUUUAUUUUUCUCGCUUUUUUUCCAGAAAAUUCUGUUUGGCGGCGCAGAAAUGACACACUUCAGCUUUAAAACCUAAACUUGACAUAGUCCAUAUCAAGACUCUAAAUCAUAAAGUCCUCUUGCCCUGAUCUAUAGCUUUGCCUGAAGACCCAUGUCUACUCAGACCUUCAUGAAUAUGUUGUGAGGACUCAUGUAUGGUGUUGGAGACCCAUGCCAUCAAACACACUAGAUGUUGCACAUCAUCUGUUAAAUUUUAAUAAGAUUUGUGUGAUUACACUUGUGAGCUUGUAAACAGCUUUAAUGUAAGAUUUAAAAGAUAUUUGUUACUGAAGUUAAAGAAUCCACUCUAAUUUUCUCCAGUAAAACCAUUUUGCUUUACUACUGCUGCAUAGAUAUGUUAAGAUAUUGGAGACUGUAAUGCACUGUACUGCAGUGUAUGUUGUGGAAAAUGUAGCAUUUGUAGCAUAAGUUAAUGCCUAAGAAAUAGUGUGCUUCAUAGGGGUGUAACGGUUCACUCAUCUCACGAUUCGGUUCGGUUCAUGAUACUGAGCUCACGGUUUGGUUCAGUUUACGAUUCUUUAAACUAAGCCUGAAUCAAGAAUAAUUGUUAUUAUUAUUGUUACUUCAAAAACAUACGCAAAACAUUUAAAAUUUAGCACGGUUAUUAAAAGUGCUAUAUGAUCCUUAAGAGAUGCACUGGAAUUAAAAAUCUGCCUAGAACAGGACAGUGGUGGCACCAAAUAGAAAUAUUAGCUAAUAAUUAGCUUUGCUGAAAAUAUGAAAUAAUGUUAGAUACAUGCUGCCUGCACACUGUCACUGAUUACAUGCAUUUAAAAUAUUUUAAAUUAAUGCUGUAUUUUUCUAAAAUAAUAAAUAUUAAUAUUAUAAAAUAAUAUCUAAAUAUUAUUCUCAAAAAUGCAUAUUUAAUGGAAGUCCAUUGCAUCAUCAUACAUAUUCAGCAGGGAUGUAACGGUACACAGAAGUCACGGUUCGGUACAUACCUCGGUUUUGGGGUCACGGUUUGAUACGAGUUCGGUACAACAGGAAAAAGCAACAAAUCCCAAAUGCUAGGUUUCUUUUCAUUUUAUUUUGAACAGACAGUAGUGCAAAUUACAGUUUGUUCCACGUAGUGGCAUUUAGUACCCCUGAGGUAGUACAGCCUCCUUUAGUUUAUUAAGCACUAAGCAGUAAACAGAAUGCACUCUUGCAUAGGCCAUAUUUUUUUGUAGGGUUGAUAAAAAAACAAAAGGUAUUUUGUCACAAUCAGCUACAAAAAUGAAAAGCAUAUCUUGUGUUAUAAAAGUACAAAAUAAAUAGAAUAAUGAAAAAUAAAACUUGUGCAUUAGGAGAAGCCAUUCUUCUUUUGGGUUGGAGCGUAGAUGGUCUCUUCUUCUACUCUUUUUCCUGUUGUGGCUGUUAGCAAACAGCGUUGCAUUACCGCGCGCCCCCUUCUGGAUUGGGAAGUGGAUCGCCGGUGACUGACUCAGAUGUAUUCUUCGUCUGACUGCAUGCAACGUACCGUGACGGUUCGGGACGAAUACAUGUACCGUUACACCCCUAAUAUUCCGCACUAUAUAUAGUAGAUUCAUAUGGCACUAUCAUUAUUUUCAAGACUCACAACCACAUUUUCGGCAAACCUGCACUGAACUAGUUUUCAGUCACGUCAUUUAAUGUAAGACAGCCACGCUGCACUGUACACGCGUGUGUGUCUUGUGUUUCAUAACUCACGGAGAUAUUAGCUGCUUGUCAUUCGAAGAUUCAGCCGCUAUUUUCCACCGGUUGCUCACGGGCACGAGUCGCGCAACACAAAAGCUGCGCUCUGCACACGGUUAAAAAGCAUUCAAAGCUGCUGUCGGUUAAUUAUGAUCUGAUGGAUGGACUCGCACCUCGAUUGUACUUUUUUAUUUAAUAACGCAGCGUCAAUUGUGAUUAGAUAUGCCGAUGUUAUGGACGCCGCCAUCUUUGAUAUUUACUUUAGUCACUGUCACUAUGGUUACAUCUGUUAGAAUACGGCCGUGACUUCGGUUGUUCGUUCAUACAGACAGUAUUCGAACAGCUACUGUAAGUUGUUGUAUGAACAGGACGUUUCAAGGUACGGUUGUCAAUCCCAAACACUGACGGUGUGAACGUAGCUUAAUUUUCUCUCGCGCAUCAGACGGACAUCAGAUCCCUCCCGGCUAAAAAAGGCGCUUCUGUCUCCCGCACCAUGUAUUACAUUCGCUUACAUGGUUUCGCUUUCAGUUCUCGUAGAUUCAUCUAGUGAUUGCAUUUGUAGAGCUCCUUGUGUGCAUUGAAGCGAUUUCCAUGUGUAUGGCCAUGUACGUAGGUGUAGGACGUCGCAUGUAGGCCAAUUGGAUAUACAGUAGACGCUUGUAAAAUAAUAAUAUCCAUCUAUAUUCUGUAACCGCUUGUCCUAUGUAGGUUCGCGGGUAAAAUAAUAAUAAUAAAAAAACGUCCAGUCUCCACGAUGUGUAUCGUCACAUUUUUAAACCGCAAUGUAUGGUGCCACGAUACACCGUUACACCCCUAGUGCUUCAUAAUAGAUAAUUUUUGUGGCCAGGACUACAUAUAUAGGUGAAAGCAUAACGUUUAACUUAAUGGAUAAUUUAAAUGUGUUAGAAAGGGAAAAAAACAUUUAACCGAUUGUGAAAAGCAAAGCAGCUUUGCUACCAAGAGUAGUAUUUUACCUAUUAACCUAAGUAUAAAUAUUCAGAGGCUUGAGAGAGAGCUACUUGACAUGGUUUACAUGGAUUUUUUAAUCCAGGGUUGAAAAUGUCUGAGAUGUCAGCGCAAUGCAAUUACAUACCAAAACAAGUUUGACUAAAAUCUAGGAUUAUUGAAUUGUCGUUCAUUUGUAUUGACAAAUUGACUGUAUUACACUUUGAUCAUCCAGAACGUUGUUUAAAUGUUUGCAUAAAAUAUAUUUUAAGAUGCUUUUUGUAUUUUUAUUAAAAGGACUAAAUUGUAUUUGUGAAAGAUGCUUGAAGUGUUAAGAAUGACUGUUAUAGGCAUAGACAGAUGACUGCUGUUAAAGGUCUCAUUGGAAGAUCACACUUUACAGAAAAUUGCAUUUUAUCACUGUCACAGCAGUAGUAUGUCAUGUCUUUUUAUCACAAUAGAAUAAAAGAUGAAUGUUUUAAGGAAAUUCUCAUGUUAACAGCUGUUGUGUCUAUUUAGGGAUUAUUUUUAUUUAGUGUCAUGUCUUUACACCAAUAAACAUGCUCAAAGCUCAGGCAAAGGGGA